GUGCUUUUUGAAUGAACAAGGUCCCCUCCUUUCCUUCUCCUCUCCCUCCCUGCCUUCUCAAACACCCUCAGCUCUCGUCUCUAUUUAUAGCCCUAGCCCCUCCCCUCUGCCACUCGGCAGCUAUUUCCAGCCGCCCUGAGCAGCCCAGUCUGUUUGUAAAAUCAGUAGCGCUCCUCUUCUACCUCUGUGCUCCGCAACAUAGCAGGGGGGGUGUUGGGUAGAAGUUACCGGAAAAAUAAACAAACGGGGAAAAAACAAAAGGAGAUUUAGGCUAGGGGACAACCUGUUUUUGGAAAGACGCUGCAGGUUUCAAUUUGUCUACCACUGGUUGAGGUGAUGGGUGGUUCUGACUGCUUUCUCCUCUGUGGCAGAUGCAGAGUGCAGCAGCGCUGCAUUUGUGAAGUGAACAAGGAGGAGGACACGCUGCAGUAGGAGGAGAGACUAGGAGGCUAACAUUCAAUGCCGUCAACAAAAGUCUACCUCCUGAGCACCGUCUACACAACCUCCUAGUGAUCUAUUUUCAGCUUUGCUCUCUCUCGCUCUUCUCUAUCUCGCUCCUCCUUCUCACUCUCCUCUCGCCAUUCGCUGAUCUCUCAUGUGGAGCUCUCAGAUCUUCGCCGACGCAGUGACAGCCAGACUCUUGAGCUGACGGUGUCCAUGUCUACUCUGCUUUCCAAACAGACGACUGGGGCUUUUUGGAUGAGAUUCACACUGCCUUUUUUUGCCUGCUAUUUAUUUUCCCCAGAUUGACAGUUUUUCAUACGUGGUGUUUUGAGAAGGCUACGUAACUCAGAGGGCGGUGUGUAUUUUAACUUUGCUCUUCUGAGUGGUUCAGUGCUGGUCUUCUCGCCUCUGGCCAAACUACUUGUUUUGUUUCUUCUGUAGCCUGUGCUUGGAACAUCUAUCUCUCUGUUCACCUGGAGACACUACAGUUCUGUUUGAGCCAUGGAACCUCAAGGAUCUCUCUCCUUCAUCAGUUGUUUCAUCUCUAGAAGAGGAAUUCUGGAGUUUUCUUUAAAGAUCUAAGAGGGAUUUCGCAGUGUUCACCUCAUCUAGUCCAAGCUUUUCUCUCAUUUUCUGCAUCUGAAACUUGCCUGGAUAGUGUUUAUUUUGUUUCCCCAUAUGUAUUGGAAGGACACCCUUGCACUGGCAUGCUUUUAAGGCCCACUGUGCCAGGGCUGUGCGCAAUGUUGCAGACCAUCUAUGAGACCGAGUCCUGCUUCUCCUCAGACGCAGUGUCCAGCAGGGAGCAACCUCUGGAGCUGCUGCCCCUGUCCCAAGUGUCGGCCAUGCCCAGUGCUGCUGUGGAGGUGAAGACAACUCUCCCCUCGGGGAUGCAGAGCCCUGUGGGCGGCAGUGAGCAGGGUGUUGGAGGUGGUCCCGUGGACCUGAGGACGGAUCCCAGGCUGGGACCCCUGGGCGGAGGAGUGGACCCAGCCAUGAGGGAGCAGCAACUGCAGCAUGAACUGCUCCUCCUCAAACAGCAGCAGGAGCUUCAGAAACAGCUUCUCUUCGCUGAGUUCCAGAAGCAGCAUGAGGUCCUGACACGCCAGCAUGAGGUUCAGCUGCAGGAGCACCUGAAGGCGUCACUGCAGCAGCAGCAGGAGAUCCUGGCGGCCAAGCGGCAGCAGGAGCUGGAGCAGAAGAGGAAGCUGGAGCAGCAGAGGCAUGAGGAGCUGGAGAAACAGAGGCUGGAGCAGCAGCUCCUCAUGCUACGCAACAAGGAGAAGGGCAAAGAGAGUGCCAUUGCCAGUACGGAGGUGAAGCUGAAGCUCCAGGAGUUCCUCCUGAGCAAAAAAGAGCCUGGCACACCUGGCGGUCUAAACCAUUCCUUCCCCCAGAAAUGCUGGGGGGCCCACCACACCUCUCUGGACCCCAACUCCCCCCCUCAGAGUAACACUCCGGGAACGCCGCCCUCCUACAAACUGCCCCCACUCCUGGGGUCCUACGAUGGCAGGGACGAUUUCCCUCUCCGGAAAACUGCCUCAGAGCCCAAUCUGAAGGUGCGUUCGCGGUUAAAACAGAAGGUAGCUGAGAGGCGGAGUAGUCCUCUGCUGAGGAGGAAGGACGGGACAGUGAUAAGUACCUUCAAAAAGAGAGCCAUCGAGAUCUCUGUGUCCUCCAUGUGUAGCAGUGCCCCUGGCUCCGGGCCCAGCUCGCCCAACAGCUCCAACAGUGCCAUCGCAGAGAACGGCUCCAGCGGAUCUGUCCCCAACAUCCACGCAGAGCAGCUGCGGUCCCUCCACCAGACCCUUAACGCUGAUGGGACAGUCAGUCCGCUGAGCCUCUACACGUCCCCCUCGCUGCCUAACAUCUCCCUGGGCCUGCCAGCCAACUCGCACCUCACCGCCAAUCAGAAGCUGUUGCAGGAGGCGGAGAGGCAGGCCAUCCAGACCAUGCGUCAGGGUGGGGCUCUGACGGGCAAGUUUGUCAGCACCUCGUCCCUGCCGGCAUCAUGCCUGCCACCUGGGAUGCAACACGACUUAGACUCCACCCAGGCCCCCAACAGCCACAGCAGUCACUCCUCCCUACUGCAGCACGUCCUCCUGCUGGAGCAGGCCCGCCAGCAGAGUGCCCUCCUCUCAGUCCCCAUGUACGGUCAGUCGCCGUUGGUGACGGGGGACCGGGUGUCCAACAGUAUGCGCACGGUGAACAAGCUACCGCGCCACCGGCCCCUGAGCCGCACACAGUCUGCACCCCUCCCCCAGAGCCCCCAGGCCCUGCAACAGCUCGUCAUGCAGCAGCAGCACCAGCACUUCCUGGAGAAGCAGAAGCAGUACCAGCUCAACAAGAUUCUGUCAAAAGGGGUGGAGAUUCCUCGCCAACCGCCCACCCACCCAGAGGAGACAGAGGAGGAGCUCACAGAGACACAGGAGAUGCAGGAGGAGGGGGCGGAGUCUGAGCGUCUGGGGGAGGGGCGUCCUCAGGAGCAGAGGCUCCAGAAGGAAGAGUCGGGGGAGAUGUCACCCCCUUCAGAACGCCUGCUGACCCCCCUGAAGGGCGAGAGCACAGAGAGCGACCUGGAGGAAGAGGAUGAUGAAGACGAGGCCAUCGAGCUGAGGGAGUGUGAUGAGGAGGGCGUACCUUACGGCCAAGCAUCGCUGUCCAUUUCGGGCAUGCCCCACAGACCUCUGGGAAGGGCCCAGUCCUCCCCUGCCACUGCCAGCGUCAAGGGGGCUCCCAUGGGUGAGGUCCCCAUCAAGCACCUCUUCACUACAGGGUUGGUGUACGACACCUUUAUGCUGAAGCACCAGUGUAUGUGUGGGAAUACCCACAUCCACCCAGAACACGCCGGCCGCAUCCAGAGUGUGUGGUCCCGGCUGCAGGAGACUGGGCUCCUGGGCCGCUGUGAGAGGAUUCGGGGGAGGAAGGCCACGUUGGAUGAGAUCCAGACUGUGCAUUCAGAAUACCACACACUGCUGUAUGGAACCAGUCCCCUCAACAGACAGAAACUAGACAGCAAGAAGCUCUUAGGUCCAAUCAGUCAGAAGAUGUAUGCUGUGUUGCCAUGUGGAGGCAUUGGGGUGGACAGUGACACUGUGUGGAACGAGAUGCACUCCUCGGGCGCUGUCAGAAUGGCUGUUGGCUGCGUCAUCGAGCUGGCUUUCAAAGUGGCCGCCGGGGAACUGAAGAACGGCUUUGCCGUGGUGCGUCCACCAGGACAUCACGCUGAGGAAUCCACUGCCAUGGGCUUCUGCUUCUUCAACUCAGUGGCCAUCACAGCCAAGCUGCUACAGCAGAAACUAGGAGUGAGCAAGGUCCUCAUCGUGGACUGGGACAUUCACCAUGGUAACGGGACACAGCAGGCUUUUUACAACGACCCCAAUGUACUUUACAUUUCCAUGCAUCGCUACGACGAUGGAAACUUCUUCCCCGGCAGUGGGGCUCCUGAAGAGGUGGGGGUUGGACCUGGUGUUGGCUUCAACACAAACAUCGCUUGGACAGGGGGCGUAGAACCGCCCAUGGGUGAUGUGGAGUACCUGACUGCCUUCAGGACGGUGGUGAUGCCCAUAGCCAACGAGUUCUCCCCUGACGUGGUCCUAGUGUCCGCUGGGUUUGAUGCCGUGGAGGGCCACCAGUCCCCUCUGGGAGGAUACAACGUCACUGCUAAAUGUUUCGGCCACCUCACCAAGCAGCUGAUGAAGCUGGCAGGGGGACGUGUAGUCCUGGCGCUGGAAGGAGGUCACGACCUCACGGCCAUCUGUGAUGCCUCCGAGUCCUGUGUGGCGGCCCUGCUCGGCGAUGAGUUGGACCCCCUGCCACAGGCUGUCCUGCAACAGAAGCCCUGUCCAAAAGCUGCUGCCUCUCUAGAGAGGGUCAUCGAGAUACAGAGUAAACACUGGAGCUCUCUCCAAAGGUUGGGUCCCACGGUGGGCCAGUCCUUAAUGGAUGCCCAGCGGAGAGAGAAGGACGAGGCCGACACUGUCACCGCCAUGGCAUCGCUUACCGUGGAUACUGAGCAGGCCGCCGCUCCCACCGUCUCCGCGGAGACCAGCAGGUCUACAGAAGAGCCAAUGGAAGAAGAGCCCGUCUUGUAGGAGGAAACAGAGUUGUCACAACACAACACCUUUGUUUCCACGUCCUUCGGCACUAGCCUUCUCCUGUCAUCCUCUCCUCUUUCCAGCCCUCGCCUCACCUCUUUCCAUUUUCUGAGGAUUGAUGGACUUGUGAUAGCCUCCCUUUCCAACUCACUGAGGUGAGUUUGUUAGUGUGUGUGGGAGAGGAGAGGCGUAACACACACACACUGACCUAAAGGGGGCACCGGCAGAUAUGCGUGAUUGGUGGAGAAGCAGGAAGAGGCGGGACCUUUUGAGGAGCCUGUGUGUCUUGCUUUUUUCUUUCAAUCUUUUUUGUAAGCAGAAGGCAGUGGAUCCAGGAGGGUACCUCGGUUCUGGGGCCCGAGAAGCUUUGUACAUUUCUUGUCAUACUUUAUACUUUUCAGGAACAUUAGAACUGAAAAAGCCAACAAGCAGCAAAAAUAUUUCAACAGCCACAAAUACACUCAAACACACCCGCAUUAUAUUAUACACACUAAGUUCCCAACAGUGGAACAAUGGGGUUGUAUCAAUGAAUAAUGCUCUUCCUUUCAGAGCAUGCGUACCUCUGUUCCUAUUUUGUCUGUCAUUUGGUAUUCUCAUGCAUCUAUUCAAUAAUCUGUUCAAAGAAGCACACAAACAUAUGUAUAUUUGCAUAUAUAUAUAUAUUACUGUAUAUUCCUUUCACUGUAUCCGAUAUCAGCUGUGGUUGUGGAGUGGAGGUCGAGCUGUGGAUCCUGCCAAGGGGGACUUUCUGGCUGAAGGAGACAUCUCUCCAAUUCAGUCUUUUCUUUUUUUUUUCUUCAGGAAGCCUCAGCUCCCUCCACUUUGUAUGGGACAGAAUGCAUUUUGACGUGGUUUUUACCCUUCUACUUUGUUUGGACUAUCAAAAAAGAACACAUACAUACCCACAAUCAAAUUUACCGCUUGGUGCAAUGGAAGCCCACGGAUUGGACGAGGAAGGAUUUUUGUGGAAUUGGAUUAUGAACUUUUUGUCUCACGCUUGCUGCUGCGACUGGGAGACUUGUGGUGGUCAUGAGACUGGAGAAAGACGUUUUUAGAAGAACUUGGUGCCUUUAUAUUAAAUAUCCCUGUUAACACCAACUACACCACCACUUAGCAGAACACAGGACAGAAAGACAAAUCCACACACUUGUUACUCUCAUGUCUGUUUUGUUUGUAUAUUUGUUUGCUUGUUUCUUUCAAAAUGCCUUAAUUUCCUACAGAGAAUGCACCAUUUUAGCCAUCUCUGCAGAGAUGGGAUUCUAAUCCUAUGUCCUCUCUCUUUCCUCUUUCUGGGUUUGUGUAAUACUCUAGGUCAAAGGUCAGUGUGGCCUUAACUGAUUUUUUUUUUGUUUUUUUGCUUUUUUGCAUCCUUUAUCAAUUCCGACCCGUAUAAAUGCGGCUGAUGGUAUGAUUGUGAGGAAAUUUGACCGCUACAACGACCAACUUUUUGCCAUGUCACUUCCUGUCACUUGUAAAUACUGCAUCCUGUCCUGCUCUGGCAAACCCCUCAACCUGAGACGGUUCAAUAACGAACUCAUUGUUUUUCCAUUUAUUUAGAGAGGAAGGACUGAACUUGGUCACUUUUUUUAAACAAACGUUUUAUUUUGUAAAAAAAUCAAAUAUAAGAUGUAUAUGAAUAAUGACAAUAACAGUGUUAAUCCAAUCAAAUUGGAUAUGAAUAUUAUAUUUGAGAAGAGUUUAAAAAAUAUAUAAAAACAUAAUAAUGUAUGCUAAAGCCACCUUAAGCACACAUCGUGCUGGUUUUGCAAUCAAUGUUUUGUCCUAAGUGCCAUUUUGUUUUUUCCACAAAAAAAAGAGACAACAGAAAUUGUGAUAUGGGGUGGAACUCAUUUGGCAAAUAACCACGAGCAAGCACCACUUUAGAUGUUUACACUGCAAUACCCCAAUCCCUCAACUGUUGCCCACUUGUCAGCUGUCAUAAACCCUUUGUUUGACUUAGUGUCCAGGUGCUGUGUUAUCUGGCCUCUGUUGCCAUCAAUAUUUAUAUUUCUCAAUCAAUGAAAAGUGUUUUCACUUGACACCUAUAUGAUCACACAAAUUAAAUACUUUGGAAAAUAUAUAUAUUUACAGUGGGAAUUAGCACAAUCAUCAUGCUUGAGGAAUUCAUACAAAUCAAGUAUAUCUACUAGAGAAUGGUAACCGACACCUCCCUUAAAGACAUGCUCUGGAACUUUGGCGACUACUAAGUUAAAAAAAAUUUUUUACACCUCUCGCUUUCGGCUGGAUCUGUCGUUCAUACAUGCAUAAUCUAUGAGCAGAAUUACGGUCUUACCUCCAAUUAGCUACGCAAUCCCUAGUUUAAAAGCCACUGUUUUUUGGAUGCUGUGCUGUGGCAUUUUCCUUAAUUUUUCCCCCACCUAGGCCAGCCCUCUAGCAAUUUGAGUAAAACCAAUGAGCUUCUGCCCCUUGCCAGCUAGCGAAAUGUACAUGGUACAUCAAUAGCAGAGAAAGAGGGAGAUCUAGGACAUGGUGCACGUAUGUCACGUAAUACACCAUUUUUGGGGCCCACUUUUUGCUCGUGACCACAACUUCCGGCUAAAAAGUAUACAAAAGUACCACUUUCACCAGCAUACUCGGAGGAUAAUGUGUGCUGCAGAGUGCUGGUCUACAUUGAUCAUUUUGUUUUAUUUCAAGCAAUGUAACAAAACACUGACCAAGUCUUCUGCAUCUCAUUUGUCCUCCUUUAUUGAGGUAAAAAAAAAACUCAUUACGUAAUAGGAUAUUUCUGUAGAG